UCAGCCCCUCUCCUUACGUGAACAGCAAGAUGGCGUUCCUUGGUAGCCUUGUCUUCAGAGAACCUGUUUCUGAUAAUUUUGCUGGAAAUUUUCGACCGAUUUCCUUUUUUUUGCAAUAAUCGAUAUAUUAAAUUCUUAAGAGGUGAUUGUAAAAUUCACAAUGUAAAGAGGGACAUGAAGGAGAAGAAAAAUAGAAAACGAGGACGUGACAGCGAGUCUGAUAGCACGAGUUCAGAAGGUGAACCAAAGUCUCGAAAAAUUGCCAGAAAAAGUUCAAAAACACAGCUGAAUGAGAAAAAAAGAGAGAAAAAGAAAUCAAAACAUGAACAACCGAAUAAGAGUGACAGUAGAUCGACAAGUGGAAGUGACAUCUCUGAUAGCAGUGAUCACAAAAGGAAGAGAAAGAGAGGGAAAGAUACAGAUCGAAAGAACAAACAAAGAAGAAAGAAGGAGAAAAGAAAAAAGAAACGUGAAAAGAAAGAGAAGAGGAAAAAAAGAAGAAAGGAAUCAGAGAAGGAAAAGGCUGAUGUCAGAAGAGUCGAAAAAGAUACAACCCUGGCAAACACCGAUGGAACACGAGCAGGUGAAAAAUCCUUAAGUCCACCAUCAAAUAAUCCUAGAGCAGUGGCAGCACCAAAGAAGAGAUCCAUGGUCCCUAUGACAAAAGAGGAGUAUGAAAAACAACAGGCCCAAGUUAGGAGGGUUUAUGACCCAGAAACAGGUCGUCACAGGCUAAUCAAAGGGACUGGUGAGGUUUUAGAAGAGAUUGUCAGUAGAGAGAGACAUAAAACAAUAAACAAGACUGCGACUCAAGGUGAUGGCGCAUUUUUCCAAGCGAACCUUGGUCUUGGGGACAAAUGAAUUUUAAAAGAUCACCUGUAAUACAACACAUAGACAAAAAGAUACAACACAAUUCCAAAGUCACAAACUUUACCUGAUGGACUUCAAAUAAACGACUUUGAGCUCAACAUUUAAAUCAGUCUCAUCAAGAGACAAAUUUCUUCUCCUUUGUAUGAAAGAACCAAACACUUCAUGAAAACUGAAAUUGAUUGGGAAGAGGAAAUUUAGACACACUGCAUUUUUGUAGAGCAGAGUUCAGGGGAUCUUUGCCAGAGUGAAAAAAAAAAGCUUCUGAGAGCUUGACAAUUGAAGAAACUCACUCAAUGACUCUGGAUUCACUAGCAAUUUUAUUGCUUAGUAUUAAAUUAAAAAAAUAAAAGUUAUCACCAAGUCUGUACAAUUUUUUGCUUAUCUAUCUUCAGGUAGUCUUAUGUACAAAAACAAUUCUCAUUUAGUAUACCAGUGCUUUGUACAGA